AUGCAGACAAAUAACAAGCCAAUGAACUCUGCAGUGGUCGAAGCAGCAACAGCAGCAGCAGCGUCAGCAACAGCAUCAGAAAGGUUUACUUUAUGGAUAAGCCUACUGUUUUAUGAUUUUAAGUUUCUCUUAACCAACAGCAUUCAUGGACAACAAUUAACAUUACUGACCUUAGAAGACUUUCAGUCACUUAAGGAUUUGCAAUUUGAUGAAAGUUUUCGACUUCCAACUUCAUAUAAGUUAAUUGUAAAAAGGAGCUCUGUUGAUAAUCCCCAACCAAGCAAUCAUCCACAAAUAUUUAAAUUCGAGCUAAAUGAUGCCAAAGAACCUGAUGAAGAAACAAAGAAAUUUAUUCAAAUGCGAGCUAGAGAACUUCGACAGAAAGAACAAGAUGUUGAAGUUGAAGUUCUUAAUAUGACUCAUAUAUCGAAAAGAUCAAAACGUGCCGCUCAAAAAGUCAAACCACAAUUAAUACCAUUUUUAAUAACCGAUGCCAAGGAGCCUGAUAAUGCAACGAAGGAACUUAUUCGAAGAAGUAGAGCUAAAGAGCUUUCGCUGAUAGCGACAAAGGAACCAACUGUAAGGCAGAGCAGUAGAUAUAAGGACGAGAACUCUGAAUUUCCAAGUCAUAAAAAGGAACCAUCUAGACAAAGUCGAGGUAAGAAUUUUGCUUCGAUAGCUGCAAAUAAGGAACCAUUGAGGCAAGGAAGAGUUAGAUCUGUGACUUUUACAACUGAAAGUAAGGAACCUUUGAGAAAAGGGAAAGUUCAGUCUGUUCCUUUGACAAGUAAUGAAAACCAGUCCCUGAGAGUGAAUAGAGCCACUUCAACUACAACUCACACAAAAAAGCAACCAUCAAGUCGAAAAUCUCCCCGAAAACGUACCCGUAGAUUCGCUCAAUUGACCGAGCCUCGUUAUAUAAAAUUUGAGAUUCAUGACGUUAAGGCACCAUCAUCUAACAGUGACAACACAGCCCCCGCGGAAGUGCAAAUUUUACCACGUCCAGUGUUUGGUAAUAAAAUUUCGAACCAAAUGCCCGAGCCAAACACAUCAUCGUCAUACUCAGACACUGAUACGUCAGUCCAGGGCAGUAAGUUCCGUUAUUUUAUACAACAAGCCCCCAGGAAACCACACUAUGGUCCAUAUCCAAAACGUUUUGAACAUAACAACGACGUUAUUUUUAGAGUAAAUAAGAUGCAGAAAUACAUAGCUAGCGGUCAAGGUCUUGAAAACAUAAACACGAACAUUGAGAUUACCAUACCUCCAGCAGUUACAGCUACAGCUAUAAUUCCUGGCUAUCCAAAGCAGAUCUAUGGUCAAAAACUAUGUCCGUAUGGAAAUCAAGGUUGCCAAUUUGGACCGGCAGCGGUGGUGCCAGUUGUUUCCAAUGCAGUUCCAGAAGCUCAGGAAGAAUACAAUAAGCCCGCUCAAAAUUUGGUAGCGGAAAAUGAAAUUUUGCCUGAAGUGCCUCCGCAACGAUAUUACUACAAUAUCUACCCUCAUCUUCAACCCCAACCUCAACUUCAAGCUGAAGUGGUACAGCAGUUUAUUCCGAUCGCAACGGUAAGACCAUAUCAAGGUGUGGCCCAAAUAGUACAAACUCCAGUUGUUGAACAACAACUUCUGCAUCAAGAGCACCCCCAUCAAGUCCCUCAACAACAUCACCAAAUCGAGGAUAAUAAAUUGAUCGAGCAGAAUCCUCAGUUUAAAGUUGCUUAUCUAGAGCCUACAUAUGGCUACGGCAAUAAAAUAUACCCUUAUACUAUUGCCAAAAAUAUUCCAGUCCAACCAGCAAAUGAGCAGAACUCGAUUGCCCCUUUCAAUGAUGGUGGAAAGAAUCAGGAAGAGCCUCAGAACCAAAAUUAUGAAGAUCAAGCAAACAAACUGAACUCGUUGAAAAAUAACCAAGAAUUUCAAGAAUUAUCUGCUUUGAUUGGCAAAUCUCCUAUGGACCAAGUUCAUGGCCUCUCAUAUUUAUUGGCAAAAGAAAUGCAACGUCAGAAGAGCACGCAAAUACAACAACGUCCCCAGGAUCAAACUUCACCAAUUCUCUUUCACCCAAGAGAAAAUACUAAUUCGCAAUCUGUGGCGUCGGCGGUUGUGGUUCAAAAACCAAAUUUUGAAGAGCCAAAAAUCGACAGUAAUCAAUUAAUGCCUUUUCGACCUUUAAGGCAGCUGAAUAAAAAUAUACCUCCCCCUGCUGUUCAAGCUGUUCAGGCUGUGCAACAUCAGGACCAACAACACCAAGCUAAUUCUGGAGUGCCGAUAAGUGAUGAUAAGGGAUUAGGACUUUCACCAAAUUACAACGGAAUCGAUAGCCAUAAUUAUUCAACACAGAAAAUCUACCCCCAAACCGAAAAUGAUGAACCGAUGGAAUAUGCCUCAAAAUACUCCUUUGGCUACCGAGUCCGAGACACCCAUAGUGGAAAUGAUUUUUCUCACAAACAACAUCGUGAUGAAAAUGGAGUCACACGUGGACAGUAUCAUAUUUUGAUGCCUGAUGGAAGGAUGCAAAAUGUUAUUUAUUAUGCAGAUGAAACAGGAUUUCAUGCAGAUGUUAGUUAUUAA